AUGAGUAAUUUUUUAAAAUCAAUUCAACCAACACUUAAUGAUAUAGUUUAUGAUUUAACUGAAUUAACUAUUUCUGAUAAAUUUAAUCCAUAUAAAAAAUUAUUUGAAGAUGCAAUUAUACAUCGUUCAAAUAUAAAUGUUGAAAAAAGUAAAGUUGAGAAAAAUAUUCGAGGAUUAAAAGAAAAAUAUAUAAUUCAUGCACAAGAUAAAAAAGCUGAUCUACUUCAAUUUCUUAUUAAACGUUUUAAUAAUAAACCUAUAUUAGAUCAUUCACCAGAAAGUGAAUUUCAUCACGCAUGUUUACAAUUAGUUAUUUCAUUAGCUCAAAAACCAUUAGAAGUUAAACUUGAUAAUUUUUCACAUCUUGUACAAGAACAAAUUGAAGAAGCAAAUUUUGACUGGCCUGCAUAUUUACUUGGUAAUCAAGGUGAACAAUCAAUAGUUUCGACUGAUUGGAAUGAUGAUGAUAGUAUAGAUGAUGACAAUAAUGAUGAUAAAAUUGAUUCAACAUUUAUUCAAAAUGAUGAUAGUGAAGAAAUUCAAAUUGAAUCAAAACCUAUUGAUGAUAUCGAACAACAAAAUUAUUCAGUACUUGAUCGUGAAAUUAUUCCAUCAUAUUGGUAUCGAACAUUAUCUGAUAAUGUUUCACCAGCUCUUCGUGAUUUUGCUCUUUUCUGGGAUCAAACUAUGAUUAAAACAACUCAUUUAGCUUAUCGAGUUAAUUCACAAACAUUAACGGAAUAUAUUCUUAUUCGAGAAACUCUUUGGCUAUUAAUGAACUCUACACAAUUACAUAUUUAUGUUAUUGAUGAAAAUAAUCAAGUACAUACUGCUGAUUUCGUUCGUCUUUGUGAUGUAACUCCAGUUACUAUUCAAGAUUGUUUAGAAAAAUUUACUAAACUUUCUAAUCAAUUACGAUUAGCAUAUCAAUUUUUAAAAGAAAUUAAUUAUUCUUGUCGAACAUUAUCAUCAUUUGCACAAGCACUUCAAGAUCAAAUGAAUUUAAUUCAAUAUCAAUUAGCUGAUAUCGAACGAAAUUGUCUUAAACAGAAUUAUACAUAUACAGUUUUAUCAUUUCAUGAAGAAUUAGAUUCACUUGGAAUAAUUUCUAAAGGAAUAUGUAUUGAACGUAUAUUUGAUCAAAUAUCAUUUUAUAAUAACAAACCAAAUUAUGAUUUAACACUUGAACUUAUACAUAUUUUACAUAAAAAUCUUCUUAUAUCAGAAAUGAUUAAUAAUUUAAUAUUUUUUAAUUUUUUAUUACCACUUUUUAUAUCAAGUUAUCGAAUUUAUUUGGAAAUAAUUCAAAAUUGGCUUGUCAAUGGAUUUAUAGAUGAUCCUUUUGAUGAAUUUUUUAUUAAACGAAAAACAGAUAUAUCUGUCGAAUCGGUUGAUUUUUGGCAAUUAUCAUAUACUGAACAAGUAGAAAAUGCAUCAUUGAUACCAAAAUGGUUAGCCUCUAUUGUUCCUUCACUUAUAAAAGCAGGCAAAUGUGCUGAGAUUCUCAAAUCAAAUGGUGUUUUAAGAAAUAAUGAAGAAUCUCAAUCAUUUGUUGAAGAAUUUUCUAAACAUCUUGAAAAAAAUUUUAACUUACAAAAAUUAUCUUGGAAUCCUCUCAAUAUUUUACAUAAAUCAGAAAUAGCGAAUAGUGCAAAAUCUUCAUCGAAUCCAUUUGUAUAUCUUCAAUUACCAUUUGAUGAUAUUGACAAUAAAAAAAAUUCAUUUUUAGCAUUAGUAUUUAAUCAAAUGGAAACAUCAAAAACGACUUUACUCGAAAUAAAUCGUAAUCAAUUAUCACUUUCAUCGGAUAUUAAUCAAUUAACAAAUAUUGAAUGUAUUCUUCAAAAUUUUAGUGAACAAAUUUUACUUAUAAAAUGUAAUCAAUUAAUUGAUAAAUUAACAAAUGAUAUACUUAAUCGUUUAAAAUAUUUAAAACAUAUUAAAUACAUAAGAGAUUUUUUUCUUUUUGAAAAUGGUUCAUUUAUGCAUCAAUUUGCUUUACGUCUUUAUUCAAAAUUAUCACAAACAAUACAUGAACGUUUAGAUGCAUUUACUGUACUUGUUUCAUUUGAUAGUACAUUAACAAUGUUUGGACUUGAUAAAAUUACAUAUCCAUUAAGUGUUAUAUAUCAAUCAUCAAAUGAAUUAUCAACAAUACAAAAAUAUAUUAUACAAAAUGUUCAAUUAAAAUAUGAUUUACCAAAGGAAUUAUUUAUUAUUAUUAAACCAGAACAAAUGGAAAUUUAUCAAAAAUGUUUUGCAUUUGUUCUUCAAGUUAAACAAGCAAAAUAUGUUCUUGAUCAAUUAGUUUUUAGUGAAUUUCGUGUUAAAUCUCGUCUUCGUAAUCGUCAAUUAUAUCGUUAUCAAUCAUAUCAUCUUCAUCAUGAAAUGUUUCUUUUACGUGCUCGUCUUCUUCAUGCUGUUAAUGCUGUUAAUAAUUUUGUACUUACUACCUUUCAUACAGCUGGUGAACAAUUUAUUGAAAAACAUUCAAAUAAAUCGAUUGAUAUUGAAUCUAUGAUAAUGUUUCAUGAAAAAUUUCUUACAGCUCUUUCAAUUGGUAGUCUAUUACAACCAAAACAACAAGCAAUACGUGAUCAUUUAAUGAAAUUAUUUGAAAUUGUUACAAUAUUUGCACGUCGAUGGCAAUUAGGUUUUGAUUCAAUUAAAAUAGAACAUAUUAUGAAAUUAAAAACAGAAUUUAAUCAAACAAAACAAUUUAUUUCAAUUGUUCUUAAACCAUUUUUACCUCGAAUGAUUGAUUCACCAUUACGUGCACUUGCUUGUGCACUUCAAGAUGAUUUUUAUUCUAAUGUUUAA